AUGGAGAAAAUUGGACAGCUAGUAGACUCUGCGAUCGAAAAUCACUGGAUAGACUUCCGCACAAGGGCCAUAUUCGUGGAAUUCAUUGUCUUCAACCCAUCUGUAGGGAUUUUCGGGAUGGUGGCCACCUUGUUCGAGUGGCCCGGCGUCGGUGGAGCACUGGCAAGCUAUCGCAUAGAGCCAGCCGAUAUGAAUACCUUCAGCGGCCAGAGUGGAGGCAACCUUGCAAGUCAGGUGAAAAUACAGAUUUGA